ACCCAGAAGAUUCAGUAUGGUAGCACUCAAUAUAAAAUUUUUAAUUUUUUCAAUCCUGCUAAUUGUAUUAAAUCAUAAAGCAUAUGCACUGCGUUGUCUACCGCUCGCUAAUCCAACAUGCACGGAGCCAUUUUGCGCAGGUAGUACUGGUCCAGGUUGUGUUCGAGGCACUCGUUGGUCCUAUAACCCGAGCUUGUUGCGUUGCGUAGCUUUCACAUAUCAGGGUUGUGCUGGAAACACGAAUCGAUACUGUUCACGUGCUGCAUGUUUACGAAAUUGUCGGCCGCCUAUACCACGAGUAGUUGUUGGAUAAAUAUGUACUUAUAUUUAAAUGAAAAUUAAAGAACGUUUUA